ACACAAGAAAGUGAAAAAACUGGAGGAAAGAGCCCUUCACCGCCCUGCUCCUCCAGAGUCCCAAAAUUCUAGGGCAGUGGACACAAAAGACCUCUGGAACUUCUGCCUGUUUGGACCAUGAACUGGCAGCAGCUGUGGCUAAGCUUCCUAUUCCCCAUGACAGUCUCAGGCUGGGCCCUGGGGAGUGCAGAGAAGGAGGCAGCAAUGGAUUACCUCGUGCAAUAUGGAUAUUUACAGAAGCCCCUAGAAGGACCUAAAGACUUCAGGCCAGAAGAUAUUAUAGAGGCUCUAAGAGCUUUUCAAGAAGCUUCUGAGCUGCCGAUCUCAGGUCAGCUUGAUGAUGCCACAAGGGCCCGCAUGAAACAGCCCCGUUGUGGUUUGGAGGACCCCUUCAACCAGAAGACUCUUAAAUACCUGCUGCUAGGCCGCUGGAGAAAAAAGCACCUGACCUUCCGAAUUAUGAAUCUACCCUCCACCCUGGCCCCGGACAUAGCAAGAGCAGCCCUACUUCAAGCCUUCCAGUACUGGAGCAGGGUGGCCCCCCUGACCUUCCGGGAGGUGAAGGCCGGCUGGGCUGACAUCCGCCUCUCCUUCCAUGGUCGCCAGAGCCUGUACUGCUCCAACACCUUUGAUGGACCCGGGAGAGUCCUGGCCCACGCGGACAUCCCACAGCUGGGCAGUGUGCACUUUGAUGAAGAUGAGUUCUGGACGGAGGGCACCUACCGGGGAGUGAAUCUCCGCAUCAUUGCAGCCCAUGAGCUGGGCCACGCCCUGGGACUGGGGCAUUCCCGGUACACGCAGGCACUGAUGGCUCCUGUCUACGCUGGCUACCGGCCCCACUUCAGGCUGCACUGGGAUGAUAUAGAAGGGAUCCAGGCUCUCUAUGGUGAGAAGAUCCCAGACACACAGGAUGAGGAAGAAGAGACAGAAGUGCCCACUGUUCCUCCAGUACCCACAGAAGCCAGUCCCAUGCCAGACCCCUGCAGUGGUGAACUGGAUGCCAUGAUGCUGGGGCCCCGUGGGAAGACCUAUGCCUUCAAGGGGAACUAUGUGUGGACGGUGACAGAUUCAGGGCUGGGGCCCUUGUUCAAACUGUCAGCCCUUUGGGAAGGGCUCCCAGGAAACUUGGAUGCUGCUGUUUACUCUCCUCGAACACAAUGGAUUCACUUCUUUAAGGGAGACAAGGUGUGGCGUUACAUUAAUUUCAAGAUGUCACCUGGCUUCCCCAAGAGAUUGAAUAAGGUGGAACCUCACCUGGAUGCAGCUUUCUAUUUGCCUUUCAACCAGAAGGUCUUCCUUUUUAAGGGCUCCGGGUACUGGCAGUGGGACGAGCUGGCUCGAACUGACUUCAGCAACUACCCUAAACCAAUCAACAAGCUGUUUACAGGUGUGCCAGAUCAGCCCUCAGCUGCUAUGAGCUGGAGGGAUGGCCGCGUCUACUUUUUCAAGGACAAACAAUACUGGCGCCUCAACCGGCAACUUCGAGUGGAGAAAGGCUACCCAAGAGACGUUGCCCACAACUGGAUGCACUGUCGUCCUCGUACUCCAGACACUACCCAACCAGGCAAGGGACCCACUCCCAUAGCCACAGAAACAGCUGCGGAUACCAUCCCCUCGGCCACAGAUGCCACCUUGAACACCGACCACACCCCCACAGACACAAGCUUGGAUGUUACCGUCACAGCCUCAGGCUCCACCACCCUUUCAUUCCCUGGUGAUGUUACUCUCUCAGAGGCCUAACUCCAUCUUCUGCUCACCAGAGUGAAGGUGCUACAGCAGGACCUGAAUCACAAACCUCAGGUGUAGGAGACCAGGUGAUGAGAGAAAUGGUGGAAAACCUCUUAAAACAGCAUUCUGAGGCAGACCUCCAUGGUACAUGCAGUGCAGCUAUCAGAGGCUGCACAGCAUCCUCCUCCGUGUUUGUUACAUGACCUUGGUGGUGAUGAAACAGCUUUCAGAGGAAGAUCUCAGUGCGCUACAUGCUGAAGAUGCCUCUACUAACUGCUCCUGCUCUUCUCCCAGACUAGAUUAGAGAGAGACUGUCUCAAACCAAAAAAAGACAGAUAAUUACAUAUUUGGGUGAAGGAUCCAAAUUCAAGGGGAAGUUUGCCAAAAAUUGCUAUAUGAGUGGUCUGGGAGGUAGCGCAACGAAUAAAGUGUUGGACUCUCAAGCAUGAAGGUCCUGAGUUCAACCCCCAGCAGCACAUGUACCAGAGUCUGGUUCUUUCUCUCUCCUCCUAUCUCUCUCAUUAAUAAAUAAAUAAGUAAAUAAAUAAAUAUUUAAAAUGUUACUGUAUGAAUAUGCCCCAAUAAAUGUGUUUAGCGUCCCAUUCUGUUCCUGGGACAGUUCCAAGUU